UGGUCAAAACAGAAGAGGACAGCGCGACUCCUUCAUAAAGAGGAAGAAGAAAAGGGUGGGCCGACUCCCCUCAAUCGCCCUCUUCGAUCCUUGGAGCGAGCCACCCCUCUGAUCCCUUCCUCCUCUUCUCCUUAAUCCAUCGUCGGCCAUGGGAUUGUGGGAAGCUUUCCUCAAUUGGCUCCGAAGCCUUUUCUUCAAACAAGAAAUGGAGCUCUCCUUGAUCGGACUUCAGAAUGCUGGGAAAACUUCCCUUGUGAACGUCAUUGCAACUGGUGGAUAUAGCGAGGACAUGAUUCCUACUGUGGGAUUCAAUAUGAGGAAGGUGACCAAGGGAAAUGUUACCAUAAAAUUGUGGGAUCUUGGAGGCCAGCCUAGGUUUCGCAGUAUGUGGGAGAGAUAUUGCCGUGCAGUCUCUGCUAUUGUGUAUGUUGUUGAUGCAGCAGACCGUGAUAAUUUGCCCAUCUCAAAAAGUGAACUUCAUGAUCUUCUAAGCAAGCCAUCACUGAGUGGGAUCCCAUUGUUGGUCCUUGGAAAUAAAAUUGAUAAGCCAGAAGCUCUGACAAAGCAGGGUUUGACAGAUGAAAUGGGCCUGAAAUCCAUUACAGACAGAGAGGUUUGUUGUUACAUGAUCUCAUGCAAGAACUCAACCAACAUAGACUCUGUCAUCGAUUGGCUUGUGAAGCACUCAAAAUCAAAAAAUUGAGCAUUUAGCCCUCCACAGCUCUGGCUUCUGCAUUAUUUUCUUGGGAUAUGUAGGUUGUUCUUGUGGUUUUUGGUGAUGAUUUCUGCUUUUGGCUGGCUGAGUUUAUGGCCUCUACUGUUGCCUGUUAUUGUCAUGCUGAUUUAUCACAUAUGCAACUGGGCUUGUACUGUUUCUUGUAACCAGUAUGUUGAAUUAUUUCUGUGUAUGGGUUAACCUUUUGAGUCUUGUGCAGAACACACAUUGUACCUGAUGGACAUUUGGUGGUGCCAACAAUCUCUGUUAACAUGAUAUGUGAUGAGCGAUUUCAAUA